AUGGCUCUGCCUGAGCUGAUCCUCGAAUUCUUGCAACAUUCGUGGACAGCCCUGCUCCUAGGAUGUCUCAUUGCUAGACUUUUGAUCAACAAAUAUGGAGGAAAUCUGAAUUCAAUCCCCGGCCCUUUCAUUGCAGGCUUCUCAAAUCUUUGGCGUGUGCUAAACACCCUCCUUUUCAACCCAGCUGAGACACAAAUCUCGUUGCAACGAAAGCACAACUCACGUUUUGUGAGGAUUGGUCCUCGUGUUGUGUCCAUUUCUGACCCAAACCUCAUACCGACCAUCUAUGGGAUCAAGUCAGACUUCAAAAAGACCAAGUUUUAUUCCAUCGCCGAACUGUGGUACGAAGGUAGAUGCACGCCGGGUCUGUUUGAGAGCCGCGAUGAAGCCUACCACGCGCAAAUCAGGAAGCCUAUCGUGAAUGCAUACAGUAUGUCUACGAUCCUCGAGGUUGAGCCGGCGGUCAACUCGACUGUUGCAUUGCUUAUAUCUAAGCUGGACCAACUUGCUGCUUCUGGAAGGCCCCUAAACUUGGGAUUGUGGCUAUACCGUUUUGCAUUUGAUGUCAUAGGCGAAAUCCUGUUCAGCAAGAAAAUCGGCUUCCUCGAAUCGGAAGUUGACGUUGAAAGCAUCAUGAUUGGGAUUCGCGGCUUUACCAAGUAUUUUCAGUUGGCUGGACAAAUCCCAAUCGUGGACCGGUUUCUCUUGAAGAAUCCUCUGAUGCUGAAAUACGGGCCAACCAAUCCAAUAGUCACUUUCACACUCAACCGAAUAAGAGACAGGGUGGCCUGCAGGACAAAUGAGGGUCAGAUAGAACGCGACUUUCUCGAGAGAUGUUUCGAAGCCCAAGCCAAAUACCCGGAGGCUGUGACGGACAGGAUGAUCAUGCUGUACAACUUUGACAACAUUGCUGCCGGGUCUGAUACGACCGCAUUGGCAUUGACUGCGGUCAUGUAUUAUCUUCUCAAGAAUCCGGAAACUUUGCAAAAGGCCGUCGAGGAGCUCGAUUGUGCGGAGAAAGAGUGCCGGCUAAGCGAAUACAUAACGUGGAAUGAGGCGAGCAAGCUACCCUACCUGCAGGCCUGCAUCAAGGAAGCAAUACGCAAACUUGUUCUGACAAUUACAGGCAUGCAUCCCCCUAUUGGCCUUAUCCUCGAACGAUACGUCCCAAGCGGAGGUACUUUCCUCGAGGGUCAUUAUUUCCCCGAAGGAACGACUGUGGGAGUAAAUCCAUGGGUUACGGCACGAAAUAAGGAAGUGUACGGCGAGGACUGCGAUAGUUUCAGGCCGGAGCGAUGGCUUGAGGAAUCAGAGGAACGACUUGCGGCAAUGGAGAGAGCCAACUUUGCGUUUGGUUAUGGAAAGCGUGGAUGCUUGGGUAAGAAUAUUGCCAUGUUGGAGAUUUCUAAGCUAGUGCCGCAGCUGCUUCGUCGCUACACGUUCUCAUUGGCGCGUCCUGAUCUGAAGUGGAAGGUUCGUGGCGGCUGGAUGGUACGGCAAGAUGGUGUUGAAGUUGCUCUCAGAAAACGCAUCCAAGGACCAGACUAG